AUGGAUCAAGUUGGUGCAGGUGGUUUCCCAGCGCGCACUACUUCAAAAAGAUCCAAAUCCUCAACUCCUUUGCGAACGGAUUCACGACGGUUUCCGCGUAGCUCUCGAACUUUAUCGGUUUCCCCUCCAUCUGUCGGCGCUUCUGAAACUUUUGGUCUGCGUUCACGUCCUGGAUUGGGCUCGCGAACGUCCUCGGCACCAUUUGUCCCUCUUAGCAGCGGUAGUCAUAGUGGUAAUCCGCCGAGAUUUUCGACUACGAUAGAGGACGAUACAGAAGAAGCAUUGGACCUUCAUGCGCGAAGUUAUCGAGAUUCUGUCGCAUCCAUCAAAGACGAUCCUUUCUUCAGAAAUUAUCAAUCACCACAUUCGGUCUCUUUGGCAAGAGAAUUGAGGUCUGUAACAUACUCUGAUCGAUCGCACGAUGACGACGUACUCAAAAAUCCACCACCACGAUCCAACAAAAGACCUUCCGUAGACAAUCCAGCCAGUGCAAUACCACCUCAAUCCAGGAGCGGAAUGUCAGACAUAAAUAUUGCAGUGAUUGGGAGUAAUGGCGUGGGAAAGAGCACUUUGAUACAGCGAGCAUUGGGUUUACGAUCAUUACCAACUUCCGUCACAUCGAGUCUUCGCAUGACAGUUGAUGAGGUGGGCUACAUAGUCAGUCUGUUUGAGCUGGAUCUCGAAUCGUUUGAUAUAGUAUCUGAUCGUCGCAUACAAUGGCCAAAACAAAUAAACGGACACAUUGUCCCACGAAUGGAUGGUGCACUAUUACUAUACGAUGUUAUGAAUCGGGAGAGUAUUGCAGAAUUACCCCAGACUUUAAAUGCAUUGGUGAAUUCGGGUCUUCCUACUAUCCUCGUCUCAUGUAAAUGCGACAACCCUGAACACACUCGUCAACUUAAUGUCGAUAGCCUCGAAACAGCAUGUAUGUCAUGUGUAGAAUCUGUCAAAACUGCAGCAAAUGUUCCUGAAAGUGCAAGACUUUGUCUUUCUUCUAUGCUUCGAGCCGUUAUGGCAAAUCGAAGCAAUAAUCAUAAUAAAGAUAUUCCUUCAAUCCAACCUCAAGGUACUCGCCGUCGAGCAACCUCUUCUGCCAAUAUUGAGAAGUUAUCCGAACCCACCGUUCCUCGACCUUUGAGUCAGCAAUCUAAGCAUAGUCGUGCUAGCUCAGAAUUUUCUAUUGGCCGAGCUCUUCCUUCCCCGCCAUUGGCUGGUCGAUCUAACGGCCGAACAAAUUUGUCACACCAAAUCAUGCUUCCUGACCCACAUGAUGCUCCCCCUCUUUCUGCUCAUCCAGCUUUCCGAAGUGAAAAUCACCUGGACAAUUCCGGCGCUAGCCCCAGGUUACCCCUAGGACCAAAGGAAUUGGAUUCAGACUCUCCAUACCGAUACUCCGAUGACAUACCACUUCUCCAGCGUAGUGACGAUACUUUCUUCGACAAACCUGCUAAAGUGGCCGGCGUCACUUUUGAUGAUCUUGUCGAUCGACUCCUUGGACAACACAUGUCAAAAGCUGAUGUCAACUUCUCGGAAAUCUUUCUCUGCCUUUAUAGAAAAUUUGCAGCUCCUGGUGAACUCUUCGAUGCAAUUCUAAACAGGUUAACUCGUUUAGGAGAGGACAAAAAUAUCCAUUAUUUAACACGAACUACAACUCAGCUUCGGAUCAUUACCGUGGUAGCUAAAUGGGUAUCGGGAUAUCCGGGUGAUUUCGCAAGUCUAUCAACAAGCCGCAAGCUAGAUGGCUUCAUAAACCAAUUAGCUUCGGAUCCAGUCUUUGCUGCCGCCGCGCAGGAAAUGCGGACCCAACUACAAUCUCGUGUGGUAGAGGAUGACGAUACAGGCUGGGCUAGGACAGACGCCGAUGUUGACAAUGAACAAGCUAACGAAUCAGCCCCCGUUUCUCCUACGACCACAAGGGCCGAUUCCAAAGGAGGGUAUGAAACGGAUGUGACUACUUUAGCACCAGAAGACGACCUCAGUGACAUGGAGCUAAAAGGGUCUAGGGGGGAAUCUCUAUUCUCGGCUCGAACGUCUCAACCGGACUUUAGUUCACCUGCGUUUCUUGCGGUCGAAGACUACGAGAAAGAGGCUGCAAAAUUGACACCCAAAGGCAUCCUACCAUUAUCUAAAGACAGAUAUCACAUGUUCAUGGAAAUAUCAAAUGCCGACCUUGCUGAUGAAAUGACCAGGAUAGACUGGGUUAUGUUUUCUUCCAUACGUCUUCGGGAUUUGGUUCGACAUGUUAGCCUCUCACUCAAUCAGAAGGAAAAAUGUAAAAGUCUUGCCAAUGUGAAUCGCAUGAUAAAUCAUUUCAACCAUAUUGCAAAAUGGGUUGCUAAUAUGAUUCUGAUGCGAGAUAAAGCCAAACACAGAGCGCAGAUAUUAGAGAAAUUCAUGAACAUAGCCCUGAGGCUGCGCCAGCUGAAUAAUUAUAAUGGUCUUGCAGCUGUUCUUGCGGGAAUCAAUGGAACCGCUAUACAUCGCCUUACUCAGACUCGGAACCUGGUUCCUGCAGAUGUUCAAAAGCGCUUUGCUCGUCUAGUCCUGUUGAUGGGUACACAAAAGAGUCAUUUCGCAUACCGUUUGGCUUGGGAGAACUCUCCACUGCCUCGUAUUCCUUUCAUUCCAUUGACUCGGCGUGAUCUUGUCUCGGCUGAGGAAGGAAGUCGAACUUUCGUUGGGGCAAAUGGAGAGAGGAUCAAUUGGAAGAAAUUUGAGGUUUUGUCCGAGGUUAUCUUACCCAUUAUGAAGAGUCAAACUGAACCAUAUCCAAAGCUUAUCUAUAAUGAUAAGGUGAGGGAACUCAUUCUGGAUUGUCUCAUUCCUACAGAUGAUGAGGAUAUUUACCAACGAAGUCUCCAAGUAGAGUCUGCAUCAGGAGCCGCAGAACCCGUGAAAAAGAAGUUUCCAUGGUUCUCGAAGGAUAAAUAA